GGCAUCUUCUCCGGCUUCCACCCGCUCUCCUCCCAUCCUUGUGCGUCCUUACACUUGACGAGACGGAAAGCCUCCGCCCCUGACAUCUAUGGCCUUUGAAUGGACCGAAGAUGAACUGCCAUUCCCCUUGACUGAUAUCGAUCGUGCUCAUUUGAAACUCUCAGACGAUAAAUUCGAGCCACACACUUGGGACCAACUGAAAACAAUCAUUGCGGAGCACGACCUUAGUGCCUUGAAGCGCUGGCCUUCCGACCUGAGGCGCUAUAUCAAAUGGUCCAUUGAAAUCAGAGAAAAAUAUGGCAGCGUCCCCAACUAUGUCAGGCUAGUUCGUCUACAAUGGACCGCUUUGCCGUCAUCCAGCCCUAGCACCGGUCCACAAUUCGCCGUCAAGAGCCCUGUCCCUUUUGCAGACGCUGCAGAUUACAAGAUCCUGGUAAAUGACUGGCCUUAUGGCUAUGAUGACCCGAGCAUCAAGCAUAUUAUUGUCUGGCUCAAGAACAGACUCGAGUCUGAGCCAGUUAGAGGUGACAUGACCCCCAGAUCACGGCAACAAGUCAACGAUUUCAUUCAGAAGACCUUUGUCGACCGUGUCAAGGAGUUACAAGGCCACUCCGACAAGGUCAUGUGGUUCAGAAACUGGACUGCUCUUCAGUCCAUCCCGGGAAUUGAGCACGUUCACCUCUUCGUGCGUGAUGUCCCUGACGAUGUUAUAGCAGAAUGGACCGGUUCAGACACUCCGGUGAGCAGUCAGACUUGAAUCGCGUGCCGCAAAUAAAUGUCGCCUCUGGUCUGAAUUUAUUCAGAUCUACCAUAUGGUCCGUUCGGUGGGUGCCAUGAAUUAAAUGCUCCCAAUCCGCAAUCACGGCGGCUGUCGCAUUUCGUUCCAGAUAGAGUCAAAGACUUGAAAU